AUGAUACCGGUGAGUAUAUUCACUCCACAUUCGGUUGUUAGUUCAGUGGAACAAAAUGAUUACCAUUAUUCAUCAAAUCGAUUUUCAUCUCUACAGUUAAGGUCACUACCACCUGCUGAACACAAUUCAUUUAUACCUGUGAGUCAGAAUGUUGUAAUUGGUGAUCAGAGUGAUAAUAAUAGUUUCAUAAUUGAUUCAGAAUAUCAGCUGUACUCACCGGUAACUUCUACGAUUACAACUACAACCUCCACAGCUGUACAUUAUAAUGACGAUGAAAUUAAUCCCAGUGAUGAUCAGAAUCGUUUAUCUAGUUUUGAAUUAAUCAGUCGUCUUAUCGAUGCUGAAGGUUUGAUUGAAUUGGGGCAUAAUAUACCAAUCAAUAGUCAUUCCACUAGUGUAACAAUUGAUGAAAUUGUUGAUUUAUCAGAUCUUGAUGAAGGGAGUGAGAAAACGCUAUGGUCUACACAGGGUGACGAAGCAGCGGUGAACUCUUUCAAUUUGGAUAAAAUCAAUGAACACAAUACUAAUACUAUUACUACUAAUAGUAGUCAUAAUCACAGUGGCGAUCAUAAUAGUGAUCAUAAGGUCGAAACUGAUAAGCCAAUGGUGCUUCCAUCCGUCCAGACAACAGAAUAUGUAUCUGUUGAUCCAAAUACAUUGGAGAAUACAAAUAUCUUAUUGUCGACAAACUUACAAAAUAUGCCACCACUUAUACCCAAUGAAUAUACAGGUUAUCAAGGGAGUUAUUAUGAUACUACCGCUCCUACAAAUCCGCUUCCUCUCCAGUCAUUACCAGGGUCACUUUCCGCCAAUACAGUACUCCCUGAAAACUACAUUCCACCACCAUCUUUGACUCCAUCUAAUAUCACUGCCACUGCUGGUUAUCCAGUGGAGUUAAUGGGAAGUACGCCAGUUAUAUCAAUAUCUCAACCAACGUCAAUUCAUCAGUCACCUCUCCAUCAUCGGGAUGGCAGUAGUAUCCUGCAAAUGUCGACGUCACCGACAACUCGAAUAGAUCCGGUCGAUAAUAAUAUUAAUAAUAAUAGUUGUGAAUCAAGCUUGUUGAUUGAUCCUUUCAUAAAAGCUGAGUAUAUAGAUUAUCAGGAAUAUAUCAGUGCCACACCUUCAGGUGGCAGUGGUAGUGGUAGAAUACAGACACUAGAAGCCGCAUCACCAGCAUCGGCAGCACCAGUAGGAGCCACGAUGGUCUACACUUGUCAACCUUCAUUUAACAACUCAGUAUAUUCUGUGAAACAUAUUGAAAAUUCACUGAAAUACUCGCCAAAUCAUAUGAAAUCAGUGAUUCGAUGUUCUGCUCCUGGUCCUGGUUCUGCUACGGCCUAUUCUUCUUCAGUUUCCACUACUGUUCAGCCUAACCCGCCAGUGUUUAUUUCUCAUACAGUGUAUACUAAUAAUGCCAACAGUAGUCGGAUAUCUUGUCCUCCGACUGUCCAUCUUCAACAUAUAGUAAGUAAUAGUAGCCAAGUAAUGAUAACCAUGCCGCCAGCCAGUUAUGCACAAUUCGCACCGCCACAGUCUCUUCAUCAACCGGUUUAUUCAAUAGUUAAUAAUUCAACGCAUCUUAAAGCGUCUACUAUAACAUCUAUUACCACUACACCCACCACUGCUACUACUACCACUACUACUAUAAAUAACAUGAUCUAUAAUAGUGGAGAUUGUCGAUCCCAACCAAUUCUGGGUCAGGCUAGACAUCAACAAAUCUUCCUCACCACUCCCUCUUCCUGCUCACCCCAUCCAUCCAUUUCAUCAAAUGGCAAUUGUACAAUAAAUAAUCAUAUGCCGCUGACAAACACAAUCACACAAUCCCGAUGCACAUCAAGUAAUAUAUCGAUUAAGAAAAAUAAACCACCAACAUCGAUGACAGAGACUAUUUACGUGAAUGAUAACACACUCUUCAGUAGGAGUACAUUACAACCUGUAUUUACUAAUGGACUGAUUGGUAGUUUUCAAUAUUUAAAAUCUAAUGAUUAUGUAACAUUGGUAAAUCAACAGUCACAAGAAACGUUGUUAGUACAACCAUGUUUCUCGUCAAUAAAUAGUAAUACCCAAAAGUCUAGUCAAUAUGAUGCUUUAAAGAAAUCAGGUUUACCGGAAUAUUUACGUAAUAAUCAGCUGAAAGGGAGUGGUGAUCACAUACAACAUUACGUCACUGAUUUGCCCCAAAAUUCGAAUUUAAACUUCGUACCUCGGUGUUCUUCAUCGUCAGCCGCCUCCUCCUCCACAUCAUCACUACAGUUUCACCCUCCUGUACGUCGGCAUUCAGCUCCUUUUCAAUCUGUUAGUCAAAAUUCUAUGCCGCAACUCUCAGAAAUAAGCAUUCAACGAUGUAAAUUUCCAAUGGUGGUAUCUCAAACGCCGAAUGAAAAUCAACCCAAUAAUAAUAAUAAUUAUAGUAGAGUAAUCCCAUCGGUCUUAUGUUGUCUAUCAAACGCGAAUUCAAACAUCACUCUACCGUCGAUGGAUCAACACGCGCCCAAUACUACUGCUACGGUUACUACAACUUCUACUAGUAAUAGUACGAAGGUUAUACCUAUUGUAGAGAAUGAUAUGAUGAUUUUGACAAAUCGAAAUCCUACCAGUAUACAGUCACCACCGUCAUCGGCAUCGUCAUCAAAGUCAGCAGCACCACCGUCAGUACCCUCAGGAAGUGGAGUCGUCGGGUUAUGCCAAAUACAGUCAGUUAUAAUACCAUCACAAGAUAAUAACAGUGAUAAUAAGUUAGGUCAGUUACAAGAAGUUGAGAAUAAUAACAAGAGUAGUAACAACCAAUUUACUAUCUCGUCACCAUUAUGGAUUAAUUGUACCUCCCCGUUAUCAUUACCUUCGUCUUCGUCGUCUUCAUCAGUGUGUUGUCUACUUCGGCCGACAGGACGUUCAACAAAUCGUGCUAGUGGAAAACAUUAUGGUGUCAUUUCCUGCGAAGGAUGUAAAGGUUUCUUUAAGCGUACUGUACGCAAAGAGUUAACGUAUAUUUGUCGUGAUAAUCAAGAUUGUCAAAUUGAUAAACGAUUGCGUAAUCGUUGCCAGUAUUGUCGUUACCAAAAAUGCUUACGUGUUGGAAUGCGAAGAGAAGCCGUUCAAGAAGAACGUCAGCAGCAACAACAGUCUGGAGUUCAAAAUUCAUCACCAACCCUGUGCAACUACACUUAUGAACAAUUCACCGGUAAUGGAAGUUGUAGUAGUAAUAACAGUGCUACUACUGUUGGUACUACACUGAAUUAUAUGUGUGGUUGUCGUGGUGGGAAUUUAAAACAAAAUGAACAGAAAUCGACGCUAUUACAAACUAACCACCGACCACUAACUCCUCAAUCCACUGGUCUUAUUACAAAUAAUUCCACUGUCAAUGAUUCCUACCACCGUUAUCAGUCGAAAGAAUUGUCGUCAGGAGUUAUCCCGCCGACACUGACACUUCCACUGCCUCCAGAUGCUUUGGAGUAUAUUCGUACUGCGGAGUUGACUGUGACAGAUCAACGUAAAUUAUGGCUGAAAUGUUACGACAGGAAAAAGCGUGUUAUGGUGUCGGAUUUAAUGACUACGUUUCUGCAAGAUAUUUAUGUUCGUGAUGAGAAAGGUGAUGGUUGUGGGCAUUUAGAUGUGGAACAAUUGAAAAAUUGUCUUGGAAAGUGUCCCACAACAGCUGUGGAUCACUUCAUACCACUUUUGGAUUUGAUAAUUUGGUCUUCAAAGCUACCUUACAUGAAUCAGUUAUCUUGUAAUGUUCAAUUAGAUCUACUGAAAUCAGCUUGUAUCGAAUUAAUUCUUGUCAAUUUGGCCUAUCGAUUAGCCAAUAAUAUUGAUGGUGAUAAUCGAUCGGAUUCAGAUAAUAUCAGUAACAAUAAGGAGAACACCGUCAGUUCCACCACCACAGGAAGAGGAACAUCGACGACCAAGAUGAUCGAGGAGGAUGUUAAUGACUUUCCGGAAUUUCAUUUGCUUAAUAAUUUAACAAAAUCACUUCAUACUUCUGCUACUACUACGACUAACAAAAACAGCAAUAAUAACGUUGAAGAUGACGGUUAUAAAAGUAAUAGUUGUAGUCGCAGUAAUACUACUACUACUACUAUCAGUAAUAAUAAUAAUAAUAAUAGUAAUAAUAAUAACGUUCAAAACCGUCAUCAUCAUCAUCAAUUUUCUAGUAAAAGUGACAGUGCCGACAAGUUGAUUAUUAAUCUGGCUGAAAAACUGAGAUCAUUACAUUUGGAUUCUGUGGAAUUGGGAUGUUUAAAGUUAAUUCUAUUACUCAAUCCAGGAUAAUGGGUUCCAACCCCUGCGUCCCCACAACUUCCCUUUGGCCUUUAUGCAACUAAGUAACUGAAUCAGGUUUUCAAAUGAUAGAACCAUUAUGCGCAAAAGUAUUUAGCAAUUGAAGUUGUUACUCUGACUGCGUACAUGGAUUCGAAAAUUGGAAAGAAGGGUGUGACUCCAUCUGGAUUAUUGAGAACAGUUUUUAGUGAUAUGUCACCGCUACUCUGUUAUUGGCUCUUAGCAUCCUGAGGACUUCAUCUAAUCAGACUACACCCCUCAUUGUGGUGGCCUUAACGGACUGUCGAAGACUUCAUGUAUUGACUUACGGUCUCGGUCUGACCCCACCUGUAACUCAUUUCCACGCUAAUUCUAUGUUAGCUAACAUUUCUCGUCGAGGAAGAUGGCGACCUGGUAUGCUUAAAACAUAUCACAGCUAUCCCAAUUCAGUGUAGCUUUACAACCUAGUCGAUUGAAUUACCCUCCAUUUCUACCACUUUAC